CGGUAUGUAAUAGUCGUGCAGCCAAUCUCGAAUAGGUAAGCAGCAUUUGCAUUCCUUGUGCGCGGAUGCGAGUCCGCUCCAUUCAGCCCCAGAUCUGGGUACGUCAAGGUGACCGUUCUUUGUUUGCGACUUCUCUUCUCGAUACCGUGAACGGGAAAGUACAAAACACCAUGUCAUUAUGCCUUCACCGCGGGAUCCGCAGUUCGAAACAUCUUACAGAGUCAAGUUCAACCCUGGUCAAGUCAAGCCCUCCUUCCCAAAUCCUCUUCGUAGACAUUAAUCCUCCAUCACGGAAUUUGUUCUCACUCAAAGCCUCAUCGCAAAAGACCCUUUCUUGACUUCAGCAUUAUUCAAGACGACCUCCCGCAAUGCAGACUCCACCACAUUCCCCUGGCAAGUCUGACGUUGAUAUUAUCGACAUCCGCUCGUCGACGCACGACAUUUCAUUGCAAAAAGAACUUCAAGCCAGUCUCUCAGCAGAACCGCCAAAGUUCCCAUCAUUGCUCCUCUGGGACGAAAAGGGCCUUCAAUCAUUCGAGGCUAUCACAUACUCUCCCGAAUACUACCUUACCAACUGCGAGAUUGAACUUCUGAAGCAACACAGCGCCGAGCUCGCUCUACAGAUCGCACCUGGCUCUGUCGUGGUGGAACUAGGAAGUGGUUGCCUCCGAAAGAUCAAACUCCUGCUCGAUGCGCUGGAAGCCCAGCAUAAGCCCGUGGAUUACUACGCCCUCGAUCUCAGUCACUCGGAACUGGAAAGAACACUUACCGACAUUUCGCCAUCCUCAUUCUCAUACGUGCGCUGUCAUGGCUUGCUGGGCACCUACGACGAUGGUCUGAGCUGGCUACAAGAUCCAUCGCUUCUCGACCGACCCAAAUGCAUACUCUCUCUUGGGUCCACCAUUGGCAGCUCCUCAAUUUCCGGCGCAGCAAACUUCCUCAGCAACUUUGUCGAAGCUGUAAAAUGUUCAACGUCACAAGGCAUGUUUAUCGUGGGCGUGGACGGCUGCAAGGAUGGUGACAAGGUAUGGCAUGCCUACAACGAUGAUAAGGGCUGCAAUUACCGCUUCAUCUCCAACAUUCUGCAAAACGCAAACAGAUGCUUGGAGUACGAUGCCUUCAACCCAGAAGAGUGGACCGUUCGAGGACAGUGGAACAAGGAAAAGAGCAGGCAUGAUCAAUUUUUGGUCCCUGUUCGAGAUGUGGUUGUCGAUGGGGUAAAGUUGAAGAAGGGAGAGGGUUUGUUCGUUGUCAGUAGUCACAAGUUUGACGAGGACGACCAGGAGAAACUGUGGGAGGAUGCUGGCUUGCAACUUCAAAGCUGCUGGAGGACUGAGCCACACAAGUACUCUCUCAGUGUGCUUUCUGUAUAGAUACUAGAUCUGGGAAACGCUUGAGCAUAGCAUCAUUCAUUAGCAUACGCACGAUAAACCAAG